GCAGCAGUCACCUCAUACUCUGCCUCACCAUUUUCACCACUCUGUAAUAAACAGAGCAUAUUAAAAAAAACAACCCCAACAACAAAGACAAAAAGCCCCUAACUCAUUUAACAUUUAUACCAUAAAAAAAGCACAGAAAGAGAAAAUGAAACAAAGAAUCUGAUCAGCUUCUCUUCUUCUUCUUCUUCUUCUCUCUUUUCCUCUGUUUCUCUCUCUUUUAAGUCCACAAUGGACUUUGUAUGAGAAGCAGACCCACAAAUCCAAAACUGCCCAUCUCCAUAAUUUCUCAUAUUCUUUCUGUUUUUUCAUGGCAGCUUCUGGUGGGUUGGUCUCUGAGCCAACAUCGCAGCAAGAGGUUUUUCAAUGGCUCAAAAACCUACCAUUAGCACCAGAGUACCAUCCUACUCCAGCUGAAUUCCAAGAUCCAAUUGCCUACAUUUUCAAAAUCGAGAAGGAAGCUGCCAAGUAUGGUAUCUGCAAAAUCGUGCCCCCUGUCCUUGCGGCUCCCAAGAAAGCUGCAAUUGCUAACCUCAACCGCUCCCUCGCCGCCCGUGCUGACUCAUCCACUUCGAAAUCCCCACCCACAUUCACUACCCGCCAGCAGCAGAUCGGGUUCUGCCCGCGGAAGCCCCGCCCAGUGCAAAAGCCCGUGUGGCAGAGCGGAGAGAACUACACUUUUCAAGAAUUCGAAACUAAAGCUAAAUCCUUUGAGAGAAACUAUCCCAAGAAGUGCUCGAAGAAGGGAGCUCUUUCUCCUCUAGAGAUCGAAACCCUAUACUGGAAAGCUACUGUCGAUAAGCCUUUCUCUGUUGAGUAUGCUAAUGACAUGCCGGGCUCUGCUUUCUCGCCGAAGAAGACUGGAGGUAAGGAGGUGGGAGAGGGGGUAACUGUAGGGGAAACGGAGUGGAACAUGAGAGUAGUGUCAAGGGCAAAAGGGUCAUUGUUGAGGUUUAUGAAGGAGGAGAUACCGGGGGUCACUUCACCGAUGGUGUACGUAGCUAUGCUGUUUAGUUGGUUCGCUUGGCAUGUGGAGGAUCAUGACUUGCAUAGCUUGAAUUACUUGCAUAUGGGGGCAGGAAAGACUUGGUAUGGCGUGCCAAGAGAGGCUGCAGUUGCUUUUGAGGAGGUGGUCCGGGUUCAUGGGUAUGGAGGAGAGAUAAAUCCUCUUGUUACAUUUGCAAUUCUUGGUGAGAAGACCACAGUUAUGUCACCUGAAGUAUUUAUUAGUGCUGGUGUACCUUGCUGCAGGUUAGUGCAAAAUGCUGGGGAGUUUGUUGUCACUUUCCCAAGAGCCUAUCAUUCAGGGUUCAGUCAUGGAUUUAAUUGUGGGGAGGCAGCUAAUAUAGCAACUCCUGAAUGGUUGAGGAUUGCUAAAGAUGCUGCUAUUCGAAGAGCUUCAAUUAAUUAUCCACCGAUGGUGUCUCAUUUCCAGUUACUUUAUGAUCUUGCCCUGGAACUAUGUACAAGAAUGCCCGUGAGCAUCAGUGCUAAACCGCGUAGUUCCAGACUGAAGGAUAAGCAAAAGGGUGAAGGAGAAAGGUUGGUUAAAGAACUAUUUGUAAACAAUGUAAUUCACAAUAAUGGCCUGCUUCAUGUUCUUGGAAAAGGAUCUUCAAUUGUACUUCUUCCUCGAAGUUCUUCAGACAUGUCUGUUUGUUCAAAUUUACGUGUUGGAUCUCAGUUAAGGGUGAGCUCCUCCCUUGGAUUAUGCAGUAGCAAGGGUACCAUGAAAUCCUCAAAGGAUUCUGUUCCUGAUGAAGUCAUGCCAGAAAUGAACAACAGAAUCAAUCAAGUAAAAGGCCUCUUUUCAAUGAAAGAAAAGUUUGCUUCUUUGUGUGAAAGAAAUAGGUUUUCCUCAAUGAAUGGAAAUGACAGUAUGCAUAAUAUGGACACAGGCACUGAAAACGGGGGUACUGUUCAUGGCGAUAAGUUGUCUGAUCAGAGACUGUUUUCAUGUGUUACUUGUGGAAUUUUGAGCUUUGAUUGCAUUGCCAUCAUUCAACCAAGAGAAGCAGCUGCUAGAUACCUCAUGUCUGCUGAUUGUAACUUCUUUAAUGAUUGGAUUGUUGGUUCUGGAGUAACUAAUGAUGGGUUCACCAUUGCCCAUCGAGACACCCAUACUUCUGAGCAGAAUUCCUCCACUAAGUGGAUGGAGAAGAAUACUGUGGAUGGUUUGUAUGAUGUCCCUGUUCAGUCUGCCAAUUGCCAAAUUCAGAUGAUAGAUCAAAAUAAAGUUGCUUCAAAUACUGAAACACAGAAAGGCACUUCUUCUCUUAGCUUACUAGCUUUGAAUUAUGGAAAUUCAUCAGACUCUGAGGAAGACCAGGUUGAGCCAGAUGUUUUGCACCAUGCUGAUGAAAUUAACAUGUUAAACUGUUCAUCCGAAAGUAAAUAUCAGCAUCGAAUCUCUGCUUUGCCUUCUCUCAAGCAAGAGUGCCAUCAGGAUGAAGCUGACAGUCGUACUCUAUCUUCAGCAAGGCCUGAUUGUGGAGAUGAAGUCACUCUUCAAAGUAUUGAUUGCCAUGCAGAACAUGGACAUGGGAAUAAACCAGCCACUUUCAAGGAUGAAAGUGAUCGAGCUCUUAACUGUUCUGUUGAGUUUGAAACUGAUAAUCUUGCUUCUAUGGAAUCAAAUGGUUUGGAGCAUACAUUUAGAGGUCCAAUGUCAACGUCACGCAUAGCUUCAAGUUGUUCCCCAGUUGUCCAUGAUACUGGGAAAGCAAAGUUUAAUAGAGUUGUUGUACCAAGAGAGAAUAUGGACACAUCAUUUGCCCAAAGAUCUGAUGAAGAUUCUUCUUGCAUGCAUGUCUUCUGUCUUGAGCAUGCUGUAGAAAUGGAACAGCAAUUUCGCCCAAUUGGGGGAGUGCAUAUAUUGCUUCUCUGUCAUCCAGAGUAUCCCAGGAUAGAAGCCGUGGCAAGGUCAGUGUCGGAAGAACUGGGAAUUGAGUGUCUCUGGAAUGAUAUUAAUUUCAGGGAUGCCACCAAAGAGGAUGAGGAGAAUAUCCAGUCAGCUUUGGAUAGUGAGGAAGCCAUACCAGGGAAUGGGGACUGGGCUGUAAAGUUGGGCAUCAAUCUUUUUUACAGUGCCAAUCUUAGCCGAUCUUCUCUUUACAGUAAGCAGAUGCCAUACAAUUCUGUUAUAUACAAUGCUUUUGGUCGUAGUUCCCCAGCUAGCUCCCCCACAAAGUUUAAUGUUUAUGGAAGGAAGCCUAGCAAGCAGAAAAAAGUGGUGGCUGGGAGAUGGUGCGGGAAAGUUUGGAUGUCAAAUCAAGUCCAUCCCUUCCUAACAAAACGGGAUUCUGAGGAUCAAGAUCAAGAACAAGAAAGAAGCUUCCGUGGUUGGACAAAGCCAGAUGAGAAGCUUGAGAGAAAACCAGAAAUUAUCUAUAGGACUGAAACCACCUUAGCCACCAGAAAAUCUGGGAGGAAGAGGAAAAUGUCUGUAGCAAGUGGACCAGGUAAGGAAGUCAAAUGCUUCAAUACAGAAGAUGCAGCUUCAGAGGAUUCUCAAGAGGAUGUUUCUUGUAAGCAGCAUACAAGAGUUUACAGUAGGAUGCAAAUUAAACGAAUUGAGAGAGAAGUUUCAUAUGAUUCCUUGGAGGAUUAUUCUCAUCAGCAAUAUGGAAGAACUCACAGAAUCAAGCAGGCUAAAUCUGUUGAGAGAGAAGAUGCAAAUUCAGAUGAUCCCUUGAGAUGUAACACUCAGCAGCAUAGAAGAACUCUUAGAAGCAAACAGGCCAAAUCUAUUGAGAGUGAAAAUGAUGUUUCUUAUGCUUUAGUGGACAACAGUUCUCGAAAGCAACAUAGCAGAAUUCCUAGGACAAGAAGUAAUCAAGCCAAAUAUGUUGAGAGUAAAAGUGAAUUUUCAGAUGAUUCACUGGAAGGUGAUAUUCAUGACUGGCAUGGAAGGGUUCCUAGGAGUACACAAGCCAAGUUUAGGAGGGAAGAUGCAGUUUCAGUUGAUUCACUAGAGGAGAGUUCUCAUCGACCGCUAAGGAGGGUUCACAGAAGCAAACAGGCCGCAUAUUUUGAAAAGGAAGAUGCAAUCUCAGAUGAUUCGCUGGAGAAUAGUUCUCUGCAGCGGAAUAGGAGGAUUUCUGGAGGCAGCCAAGCCAAAUUUAUUGAGAGGCAUGAUGAAGUUUCAGAUGAUAUGCUAGAAGGAAGUACUUACCAGCAGCACAGAGGAUCUUCUCGGAACAGGGAAUCAAAGUUUAUUGACAAGGAGGGUGCAGUUUCUGACGACCUACUGGAGGACAGUACUUGUCAGCAGCGCAUGAGGAUAUUCAGAACCCAGCAAGCCAAAUUUGUGGAGAGGCAAAAUGAAGCUUCAGAUGAUUCAUUGGAGGAUGCAAUUCAGCAGCAACGGCAAGUGAUUCCUAGAAGCAAAAGGACCAAAUUUGUUAAGAGAGAAGAUGCAGUUUCAGAUGAUUUGCUGGAGGAUGAUACUCAUCUGAAGCACAGGCGGAUACCCAGAAGCAGGAAGGCCAAAUUAAUAGAGAGAGAAGAUGGUUCAGAUGAUCUGCAGGAGGAUGAUGGUCAAUGGCAGUCAAGGAAGACUCCUAGAGGCAAGCCGGCCAAAUUUAUUGAGAGUGAGGAUGGAUCAGAUGAUCUGCAGGACGUUACUCAUUGGCAGUCACGGAAGACCUCUCGACGCAGGCAAGCUGCAUCUAUAGAAAGGGAAGAUGUUUCAGAUGAUCUAGAGGAGGGCAACCCUCAUUGGCAGCCAAAAAAGACUCAUAGAUGCAAGCAAGCCAAGUUUAUUGAAAGGGAAGAUGUUUCAGAUGAUCUGCAUGAGGAUGAUACUCAUUGGCAGCCAAGGAAGAUUCCUAGAGGCAAGCAAGCCAAACUUAUUGAGAGGGAAGAUGCAGUUUCAGACGAUUUGUUGGAGCAUUAUUCUAUUAAGAAGCACCGGAGGAUUCUUAGAAGUAAGCAGAGGAAACCAGCGACGCUUCGCAAAAUGAAGCGAGGGGCUGUUCAGCAUGUGAAACAAGGGACCUCUAGGCUAAAAAGGAGAGAGAAUCUCCAAUCAAUCAAACAAGAUAAGCAAAUGAAGCAAGAAACUCCUCGGCUUUGGAAUGCUAAAGGUGAGCGUAAUACAAGACAGUUCGAAUCACGUGUUGAAGAAGAGCUAGAAGGUGGACCCAGUACACGCCUUAGGAAAAGGCCCUCAAAGCCUUCAAAAGAGUCAGAAACAAAGCUAAAAGAGAAGCUGCAAAGCAAUAGGAAGAAAGUGAAGAGUUCUUCAGCUGGGAAGCCUCCAAAUGGCCAGAAGAGUGUGAAAAAUAAGGAUGAGGAUGCAGAAUAUCAGUGUGACAUAGAGGGGUGCGCCAUGAGCUUUGGCUCAAAACAUGAGCUAGCAUUGCACAAAAGAAAUAUUUGUCCUGUCAAAGGGUGUGGAAAGACAUUCUUCUCGCACAAAUAUCUGGUGCAGCACCGUCGAGUCCACCUGGAUGACCGCCCCCUUAAGUGCCCCUGGAAAGGAUGCAAGAUGACGUUCAAAUGGGCAUGGGCACGGACUGAACACAUUAGGGUUCACACGGGUGCUCGUCCUUAUGUUUGUGCUGAAGAAGGUUGUGGGCAGACAUUCAGAUUCGUGUCAGACUUCAGUCGUCACAAGCGGAAGACUGGUCAUUCAGUGAAGAAAAGCAGGGGUUAAUUUAAUUCAAGAGAAAUGUAAUUUAAUUGCUAAUGGAAGUGUUGUUCAAUUGGCAGUGUAGGGCUAGGUUUAAAAAGAUGAUAGGUUUCGGUUUUCCCUGUAAUUGUCAUUCAGAUUAACAUUAAUUCUCUUCUCAUUUAUUCACUGCAAUCUGACCAAUUUCUUGGAUCUUAAAGGAGAUUAAUCUCCAGACUCCAGUGAAUGUCAAUAGUAAAAGUCUUGUUUCCA